AUGAAGACCAGUGUCUUUCAAACUAUUAAAGUAUUGAUCUUUCUUGUACUCAAUUAUCUCUUUGCUAGUGCAGGCUUUAUUGUCAUUCUCUUUGGUGUCGCAUUCUCACUUGGAUCGUUAGCGCUCUGCUGUUUGGGUGUUGUCAUGUUCCAGGGACUGCUUUAUCUAGCACCACUACUUGCUCGACUUGACAUUGUCUUGCACAAUUUUAUUGAGCCGAUGGAAAAUAAAUUAUACGGUCAAAUUCCACACUAUGGAGCUAAUGGAUCGUAUCUUACUCGACCAUCACUUGCAGUAUUGCUGUAUUUUAGCACGGCAAAGCUAGGCGUUGGUGUACUAAGUGCCAUGGUAGUGGUCAUUCCGCUCACCAUGCCUAUUCACGCUCUCAUGUCACCGAUCUUUCGAAACGAGUAUUUUAGUGACGGAUGGUUCAACCUUACAAUCUUUGUGGUGGUGGCAACCGCUCUACUGGUUAGCGGGUUUGCUGCCAUGCCUCAUGUCGCCAGACUCUCGUGCGUCACCACGCGACUUUUGUGUCGCGAGGUCUAUUCCACAAUCUACAUGCGCAAUUACGUGCCUUCAACGAUGGAAGAGCCUUUGGAGUUAACAACGUAUGGUACCAACCAGCUGGUGGAACAUGUUUGA